AAUUCCACCUCCACCUUCUGCUCCAAUUCCCUUCCCUCUUCCUCCCCUCUUCUCCAUUUCUCAACUUCAUUGAGAUUCUGCUGCUCUGUUCUUUGGUUUUUAACCUUCUUCUUCCUAAAAUUUAACUCAGGGAAACUCUGCGCAGAUUUUGUCUAGGAACUGUGUUCAUCUCAUAGACCUUCAAAAAAAUCUGAUUUUUACUCGAAUUCAGGAGUAAAAAUCCCAUCUUACAGUUUCAUGUAUCGUAUCUUUCUGUUGAGGUUUCUCAUUGAUGUCGCCUACCCUAAGUGAAGCUCUACUCUGCGGGUUUAUGAUCAAUUCCACUCUCCGGAGGACUCAUCUUGUUCAAUCCUUCUCGGUCGUCUUCCUUUACUGGUUCUACGUCUUCUCGUGAACUUUUUUCGCCAUCUCCGACGCCUGAAACCACUCUGUAGUGCAUCUCUUCUUUUCUUGCGAUCAACAAUCAACUUCAAAACCACACAAUUCAGCUCAAAUUCCUCGUCGUAAAUCGCGCAUGGCUUCUCCUGGUGGGACAUCGACUUGCUCGGAAGAAGGCGGCCUGCUGGCUGCGGUGGAGCAGAGGAAGCGGAAGAGGAUGAUAUCGAACCGGGAGUCCGCGAGGCGGUCGAGGAUGCGGAAGCAGAAGCACUUAGACGGUUUGACGGCGCAGUCAAAGCAGCUGAGGACGGAGAAGGAGCAACUGGUGACGAGCUUGAGCCUGACGCAGCAGCAGUGCGCUGCGGUGGAGGCGGAGAACUGCGUGCUGAGAGCGCAGGGGACGGAGCUCAGCCGCAGGCUGCAGGCUCUCGAAGAGAUCCUCUGCCUCGUGGGCAGCCUCAGCGGCGGCUCUCCGGCGAACUUGGGAGGAAACUUCAACUCCUCCAGUUCAUGGGGCAGCUUCAUGUGCAUGAAUCAGCCGAUCAUGGCCGCGGCUGAAAGCCUGUUCUACUGCUGAGAUAGACGCAGAAUGCAAUACAAAGCUCUGCACAGAGCUUCGUGUGAAAGCUCCCUUAGAGUCGUUGGAUCAGGGAGAAGGGAUUACUAAUAAAUUGUGUUGGUUUUGGUUUGGUUU